UCGUCAAUUCAAUUAACCUCCCCUCUCCGAAAACCCAACAACUGUUAUCUCUAUUUUCUCAUCACUCAUGGGAUCCUCUUGCCGAUGAUAAACUAUUGGGUAAUUCUUUAUUAUUCUUGUCAGAAGUUAAUGAUAAGAAUCUAACAUUAGCCAUGAGGAAUCUAAAAAGGGUCCAUGGCUUGACAGUACAGGAAAUCUUUGACGAAGCAGAUGUAUAUAAUAUAAUUGGCCAUGAAAAAGUAGUUAUUGAUUUAGGUGCGGUUAGAAAAUUGGAGGAAUUGCUGAGGGAACCGUCGGUUUUGCCUCGAGAUUUGAACAUAAGCUUAGUGGAUAAGAAAGCAGAAGAAAUGGGUUGA